AUGCGGACACCAAUGAAAUUAAGUUUAUCUCUUUCCAUUCUCCCACGAUCCGUCUCACGCCCUCUCACAGUUCCCUUUCUUCCCGUCCGCGACGACUUUAAAUCCAAGCGCAACCAAGCGCGCCCAAAGCUCGCCACUCUACGCACCUCUCACUUCAAAGAUCUCUCCAGCGACACGCCCGGAUCCACCUACGACGACUUCCCAUCUCCCGACUUUGCCGUGUCCCCCCGCUCAAGGCGCCCCACUCCGCCCCCUAACCGCCGCCUCACCCGCACUUCUGGCAACUGCGAUUGCUCCGGCAGCACCGGCAUUCGCCGCAAAUCCUAGCAAAGACAAUUUCGCUCAUCUGGACGCCGCAGCGAAGACGCCUAUGGCGGUGUCGGCAACAACGUGCCCUUCUCCCUGUCAUCGCGUCGACGGCCCUCCGAGGACCUUCGCCAGGACUCUGUCGGCUACCAC